CCCCUGGCCCUCUUCCUCCUGUGCAGACGUAGCUGCGGGUGGCUGUGGUGUCGGCGGCCAAGAUGUCGACCAAGAAUUUCCGAGUCAGUGACGGGGACUGGAUUUGCCCUGACAAAAAAUGUGGAAACGUAAAUUUUGCUAGAAGAACCAGCUGUAAUCGAUGUGGACGAGAGAAAACAACUGAAGCCAAGAUGAUGAAAGCUGGGGGCACUGAAAUAGGAAAGACGCUUGCAGAAAAAAGCCGAGGCCUAUUUAGUGCUAAUGAUUGGCAGUGUAAAACUUGCAGUAAUGUGAAUUGGGCCAGAAGAUCAGAAUGUAAUAUGUGUAAUACUCCAAAAUAUGCUAAGUUAGAAGAAAGAACAGGCUAUGGUGGAGGUUUUAAUGAAAGAGAAAAUGUUGAGUAUAUAGAAAGAGAAGAAUCUGAUGGUGAAUAUGAUGAGUUUGGACGUAAAAAGAAAAAAUACAGAGGAAAGGCUGUUGGUCCUGCAUCUAUUUUAAAGGAAGUUGAAGAUAAAGAAUCUGAGGGAGAAGAAGAGGAUGAGGAUGAAGAUCUUUCUAAAUAUAAAUUAGAUGAGGAUGAGGAUGAAGAUGAUGCUGAUCUGUCAAAAUAUAAUCUUGAUGCCAGUGAAGAAGAAGAUAGUAAUAAAAAGAAAUCCAAUAGACGAAGUCGCUCAAAAUCUCGAUCUUCACAUUCACGAUCUUCAUCACGCUCAUCCUCCCCCUCAAGUUCAAGGUCUAGGUCCAGGUCCCGUUCAAGAAGUUCUUCCAGUUCGCAGUCAAGAUCUCGUUCCAGUUCCCGAGAACAUUCGAGAUCUCGUGGGUCGAAAUCAAGAUCCAGCUCCAGGUCCCACAGGGGCUCUUCUUCCCCAAGAAAAAGAUCUUAUUCAAGUUCAUCAUCUUCUCCUGAGAGGAACAGGAAGAGAAGUCGCUCUAGAUCAUCUUCUUCUGGUGAUCGCAAAAAAAGACGAACAAGAUCACGGUCACCCGAAAGGCACCACAGGUCAUCUUCUGGAUCAUCUCAUUCUGGUUCCCGUUCAAGUUCAAAAAAGAAAUGAUGUAUUAAAAUCUACAUCUUAAAAAAAAAUUCAGUACAGUGCAUGAAGCAUAUUUUUUAAGAAGUUGAUGUCUUACUUGGUCAAAAGUGCUAAAUUUGCUAGUAGAGGUGCAUGCCUUUCAUUGCUUUUCAGAACAAGACAACUGUGUUUAUUUGUGAAUUUAAAAUAAAUAGCAUUUUAAGCCAUAAUGUCCCAAAAUAGAAUGCUAUAUUUAGCAUUCAUUAUUUAAAGCCAUUUGCUUUAAAACCAUCUUAGC